GCGGUCGCGAUCGUGGUACGCUCGUAGGCGCCGGUCACGUGGGGAAGAAGCGUUUAAUUGUGGGCGCCGCCGCGCCUGUGGCUGGAGGAGCAAGCGCUCGUUCGUUUGUAUCCCAUCCCGACUUUGUUCACAAUAUAUUCACGUUGAUUCUCGUGGCGCACACUGUUCCAGUUACGCCUCAACGUGCUGCAAGAUGGAUCCCACUCAGAAGGAGCAAGCUGUAAUCGAGGCCGCGGAGAAGCUCAUGACAGAAACGAUGGCUCGGUACGACCCCUCUCAUGACGCAUACCAUGUACACCGCGUAAGAAAAACGGCCCUGCAUAUAGCGCGCUCUGUCACAGUUUCCGAAGGCUCAGUCCAGCCCGACCUCCUCACCGUGGAGCUCGCCGCGCUCCUACACGACGUCCUCGACAAGAAAUACGUCUCUGCGGCUGAUGCUGCUGACCCGUACGCGUUCUUCCUGCCCUUCUUCCGACAGAUUUCCGAGGAGCACGGGAUAGAUCUCGUGGAGGAUGGCAGAGCACGAACUAUCACGAACAUUGUGGACAACGUUAGCUGGUCAACGGAGAAACAAUUGAGGUCAGAGGGAAAGUGGAGCGAGUGGCAUGAGAAAUGCGUGGAACUGCACUGCGUACAGGACGCGGAUAGACUGGAUGCCAUAGGGGCCUUUGGUAUCAUGCGAUGCGCUGCAUACAGCGCCGCUACAAACCAUGCAUUGCACACACCUGCCGGCGAUCCCGCCCAUCCCGCUUCUGCUGUACAGCACUUCCACGACAAGCUUCUACGCAUCCGUGGGCGCCUAAAGACUGAACCUGGCAAGCAGUUGGCCGAAAAGCGCCACAAGCUGAUGCUCGACUUUUUGCAGGCAGUGGAUGAGGAGUACAAUUUCACUUCGUAUUGAAGCGUGAAGGGCUGCUACCGCGAUGAGAAGCACACACGAAUUCAUGACGUGGCAUAUUGUGAACGUGUUCGGUAAUGUUACGAAAGCGUUAGUGU